UGCCUAUAACAUAUAUCAUUAAGAGUAUAGGGCCAUACUUGACAGCUAUAUAAAAGUAAGUUUUUGUCACAGAUAUCGCACAGUUGAAGGCGCGACAACUUUUGCUUUGCACUACCCGCAAUUCACUUUAAAAUCAUGUACAACAAACCCUUGAGUUGUAUCCUCGUAACGCUGUUUCUAUACAUGUUCAUCGAGCUACAGAAUGCCACAGUAACGGCGCAACAAUUCAAUUUCCCUGACGUUGUAAAGAAACAGGUGAAAAAAGUGCAUGUUCGCUGCGUGAAUAAAACAGGCGUCACUGAAGACAUAAUUGCAUCGGCGCACUCGGGAGUUCUGCCAAAGGAUCCAGCCUUUAAAUGUUUUCUGCACUGCAUGUUCGAUAUUUUCGGGCUGAUCGACAGCCAGAACAUCAUGCACUUGGAUGCCUUAGUUGAAGUGGUGCCAGAAGAGUUGCACGCCAAGAUUCUUGACUUGAGCGAGAAAUGUGGCACACAAAAUGGCACAGAUGCCUGCGACACUGUUCUGUUAACUGUACAGUGUUACAUUGAUACGGACGGACCCUUUAUCAAGAAGUCUGUUGAGGAUAUGCUUACUUGAACA